AAAAAUAUAUAAAAAAAAUUAUAUAAUAAAAAAUGAGAAAAAUAUAUUAUUUUAUCAAAUUAUUACUAAAAAAUAUACAAAUAAAUGGAUAGUGGCCCGUGGGCAUCCAAUUUGGACGGGGGAGUAUACAAAGAGAGAGGAUACGAAGCUAAAACGCCGUAGUAGUUAUGCUUCUUCAUAUUCUUCUUCUUCAUCUCACCUUGCAACAAUGGGUAUUUCCCAUUAUACCCUCUCAAGCCACUCAGCAGCUACUACACCAAGAAGGUUUUCUUUCUUCUUCAGUAUAUAUUGGGGAGCAAGAGGGAUUGAGGGAGGCGGAUAAGAUCGGAGGCCUGCCGGAGCAACCCCCCGGAGUGGAGUUUGGCCAGUAUUCCGGCUAUGUCACGGUGGACCCCAAGGCCGGAAGGUCUUUGUUUUAUUACUUUGCUGAAUCUCCCCACAAUGCCUCUUCCAAACCUCUUAUCUUGUGGUUAGCAGGAGGACCAGGAAGCUCAGCUCUUGGAUAUGGAUCAUUUCUGGGGAUUGGACCUUUCAAAGUGCACAGUGAUGGGAAAACAUUGUACAUGAAUGACUAUUCUUGGAACAAAGUGGCAAAUGUAUUGUUCCUGGAAUCCCCGGCGGGUGUGGGAUUUUCGUAUUCCAACACAACCUCAGACUACAACACCACAGACGACAAUAGGACAACCACGGACGCAUAUUCCUUUCUUGUAAACUGGCUCGAAAGAUUCCCCGAGUACAAGAGCCGUGAUCUUUACCUGUCUGGAGUGAGCUAUGGCGGGCGUUUUGUUUCUGAGCUUGCUUACGCCAUUCUUCUGAAUAACAAAAACCGCUCUCUCCCAUUCAUCAACCUCAAAAACAUCGCUAUUGGGAAUCCUGUCCUGGAUUUACAUUUAGCCGCGAAAGGGAACUUAGAGUACCUGUGGGCACACGCGAUGAUCUCAGACACAACUCAUGAAGCAAUAACCAAAUACUGUGAUUUUGAAAGCGGAAAGUAUUCAGACAAGUGCAACGCGUACAUGUCUAGAGCAAACUCCGAGGCCGGGCCCGUGCCUAGAGCCAACAUUUUCUCCUACGACUGCACCACCACACAUAACGCAUCAAAACCUCAAUCUCCUCCCAUCACGGGAUACGACGAGUGCUCGCCCUAUUACGUGGAGAGAUACGUCAACCGAAGGGAUGUGCAAGAAGCAUUACAUGCUAUCAAUACUAAUUGGACAAUUUUAAGCCAUAAUGUCGGCCUGAGGAACUGGAAGAAUAUGCCUAUGACUGUUUUGCCUACACUCCAGCACCUCAUUGAAAAUAAAGUGCACAUUUUGAUUAUAAGUGGGGACCUGGAUGAUAUAAUGUCAGUAACAACAACCAGGCUUGCAAUUAGCAAUAUGAAACUUGCUGUAGUGAUUGCUUGGCGUCCCUGGCUUUCUGACCAAACAUUACAAGAGGUGGGGGGAUACGUGGAAGUGUACGAGGGAUUGACACUGGCGACGAUACGAGGAGCGGGGCACGAGUUUGCCAGCUACCAACCACAGCGUUCCCUCGUUGUCAUUUCGUCUUUUCUUCGAGGGGAACUGCCUCCCGGGCCAGUUGUAGUUAGCUAGCUAUAACGACUACUAGAACAAGAUUAUAGUGUGAAUGAACAUUAAUAAUCCUGGGAUGGAAGUUGUGGCUAUGGAGGUAGAUCACCCAUUGGAAAGAUCAUUAUGGUUCUUCUGGAUUAAGUAUUUAUUUUGUUGUAAAAUGUUUUUGAGAGAUAUGAAGUUAUGAACUCUGUAAAACAACAGUAUGUCCUUUUAACACAUGAUUUAUGAAAAAUAAACAAAGGAAAGAAAAAAAAAGUAGUUUAUGAAUUUAAAAAAUUAACUAUAUUAAAUUUGCAGUAGUGCAUAUUUAUAUAAUGAACUAAUUUCUCAGUA